ACAUUCAAUACUGCUGCACCUUGCAGAAAUGUUCAGGACUUGACUAACGGGGUUGCCAUGGCGCAGGUACUUCACCAAAUAGAUGUUGCUUGGUUUGAUGCAUCUUGGCUAAAUCGCAUUAAAGAUGAUGUUGGUGACAACUGGAGAAUAAAGUCCAGUAAUCUGAAGAAGAUACUGCAAGGAAUUAUGGACUACUAUCAUGAGUUCUUGGGUCAGCAGAUUUCAGAAGAGCUUAUUCCAGACUUAAACCGGAUAUCCGAGAACUCGGAUCCCACUGAACUGGGCAGGCUUUUGCAGCUUAUUUUAGGUUGUGCAGUCAACUGUGAAAGGAAACAAGAACACAUACAAAAUAUCAUGACCCUUGAAGAGUCUGUUCAACAUGUUGUCAUGACGGCCAUUCAAGAGCUCAUGAGCAAGGAAGUAACGGGUCCUUCCACAAGUGAUGCAUCAGGUGAAAUGGAACAACAGCUUAAAAAAGCUUUGGAAGAGCUUCAGGAAGCACUAGCAGAAAAAGAAGAGUUGGCACAAAGAUGUCAGGAGCUAGAUUUACAGGUGACUGCCCUCCAGGAUGAAAAAAACAGCUUGAUGUCAGAAAAUGAGAUUAUGAAUGACAGGCUAGAGCAAUUAGAUGACUCUCUUGAUGAUCCAAAUACUGUGGUUGCAAAAAAGUAUUUUCAUGCACAGUUGCAGCUGGAACAACUGCAAGAAGAAAACUUCAGGCUUGAAGCUGCAAAAGAUGAUUAUCGUGUCCAUUGUGAAGACCUAGAAAGACAAUUGAUUGAACUGCAACAUAGAAACAAUGAACUAACCUCUUUGGCAGAAGAAUCCAGAGCCUUGAAAGAUGAAAAUGAUAUUCUUAGGACUACUGCAGACAAGGCAAGUAAGCUGGAAUCAACUGUUGAAGUGUAUCGUAAAAAGCUACAGGAUCUGAAUGACUUUCGCAGACAAGUCAAAUCUCUGCAGGAAACCAACAUGAUGUAUAUGCACAAUACAGUCAGUCUGGAGGAUGAACUGAAGAAAGCCAAUGCAGCACGUGCCCAACUAGAAACCUACAAAAGGCAGGUCCAGGAGCUUCAUAACAAACUAUCUGAAGAAUCAAAAAGAGCUGAUAAGCUAGCAUUUGAAAUGAAGCGACUUGAAGAAAAACAUGAAGCUUUAAUCAAAGAAAAAGAGAGACUGAUAGUACAGUGUGAUGCGUUAAAAGAGACAAAUGAAGAGCUCCGGUAUUCACAGAUGCAGCAGGAUCACCUGAGUCAAACAGGUGCGUCUCGUAUUAAAAGCCAUGAGAAUCUUGCUGCUGAAAUUCUGCCAGUGGAAUAUAGAGAAAUGUUUAUUCGGCUGCAGCAUGAAAAUAAGAUGCUUCUAUUACAACAGGAAGGAUCAGAAAAUGAACGUAUUGCAGAACUCCAGGAACAGCUGGAGCAAAAGCAUCGGACAGUGAAUGAACUAGAAACUGAGAAAAGGCUAAAUGAAGAGCGUAUUGGGGAGUUACAACAGCAGAUUGAAGAUCUGCAAAAGACUUUGCAGGAGCAGGGAUCCAAGACUGAAGGAGUAAGUGAAAGUUCAGACUUCUUGACCUUGAAGAUGUCAUGCCACCUUUCAUUUGUAGGGAAUGAAGUUCAUGAUGAGUUACAGAAAAAAGAGGCUGAUCUUGCAGAACUCCAGCCUGAUGUUAGUCAGAACCCCCAGAAGAUUGGAGAGCUGGAAGCAGCUUUGCGAAAAAAAGAUGAGGAUAUGAAAGCAAUGGAAGAAAGAUAUAAAAUGUACCUUGAGAAAGCAAGAAAUGUGAUAAAAACCUUAGACCCCAAGCUAAAUCCAGCUUCAGCAGAAAUAAUGUUGCUCAGAAAACAGAUAACAGAGAAAGACAAAAAGAUUGAAGCACUAGAGGCUGAAUACAAACUUGCUAAGUUACGUGAUUAUGAGGAAAAGCUAAUUGUAACUGCAUGGUAUAACAAGAGCCUAACUCUUCAGAAGCUAGGUAUGGAAGCAAGACUGGUCAGCAGUAGUGGUGCCUGCAGAGAUGGUCCUGGACGCUCUUUCCUAGCUCAACAGCGUCAUGUCACCAACACCAGAAGGAAUCUCACUGUUAAAGUACCAGGUGCAGCAUCUGAUUAAACCACAAGGACCAUGAGGAAAACUUAACUGCUAAAGUGUCCUUAAAUGUUUUAUAGCUUCCGCUUUAACUACUUGAUGAAAGAGGAGGUUAAAAUGGUGGGCAACUGCGAAUUCAACAUCAGAACCUGUCAAGAAGUGAUUAAGUUGAUCCGUGGUCUAUCUAGAAGGUAGCACAUAGUUUUCCAAGUAGAAGUAGAUUUAAUAACUGCAGUAUGUAUUUACAAGCACAACUUAAAAAAAUUAUAUUUGCCUUCAGAAUAUAUUGUAAAUAUA